UCUGAUCCAGAUAAUAUUUUGAAGUCGCCUAGUAUUCCCAAUCCUAUCGAUAUCCUGUUUGGCUCGAAAACUAACUACCUCGCCAACAAGAUUCAUCGAGCUGUCAGAAGAGGACGAGUGGCAGAGCCAGAACGUUUAGCUUACGGGUGGUUGCUGUACCUAUACAGUAAAUGGAGAAUCAAUCCAACUAAAGAGAGCUAUGAUCUAGUACCAGAGUUCCUAAAACCCAUCCCUGAGCAAAUCACUAUCAACCACCCGCCUAUAUUCGAUAUGAUUCUCUGGCCAGUCAUACGGUGUAAUCUUUUGCAUAAAAUUGGGGAUAGGGAGGAUAGGACCUUUGUUGGACUUGAAGAGAUAUUUGAUACCUUUUCAUGCUGUGCCAAGAUAAGGUGGCCUUGGGGAAAAGAGAUUAUAGAACCAUCCGGGCAAGACGGCAUUUUCCAAGUGCGAACUGAAUUUUUGGACACGUUUACCAAGCUGGAAGGAUGGGGACUAACAUCUCACUUUAUUAGUACUUAUGGGGAUCUUUUGGAUGGGUUUGAC